AUGAACGCACAGUUACCCAAUGCGAGUGUGGUUGUGGAGUACCGAGACCCGUUCAUCAAAGCGGUCAUCAAAAAUGUGAUUGUGGUCGCGAUCGGCUUGUCCAUCAACUACAUCAACAUCGGCCUCAUGCACACCUUCUGCAAACACCAGAUAUUCUACACCAACCCUCGCUACAUCCUCUUCUUCCACCUGGUGCUCAACGACAUGAUACUGGUGAGCCUGACCGUGGUCCUUUUCGUCAUCAGCUACACCCUCCACGAGAUCAACAUGUGUGUGUGCGCCACCUUCAUCCUGCUGGCGGUCGUCGUCACCGAGAACACACCCCUCAACCUGGCCUGCAUGGCGGCCGAGUGCUACAUCGCCGUGUGCCUGCCGCUGCAGCACGCCAACGUCUGCACGGUCAACAGAACCCUCAUUUUCAUUGCUCUGAUCUGGACCACCAGCAUGAUCUCGGCUCUGCCCGACCUCUUCGUCACGUUGGCCACCGAGCCGCUUGACUUCUUCUCUUCCAGCGUGUUUUGCCUCCGAAAUAACGUCUUCCGCAACCCGCUGCUUUCCAGGAAGCGGGACAUCACCUACAUCCUGUAUCUGGUCCUGCUGUGGUUAGUCAUAUUCUACACGUACUUCAAGAUUCUCUACACGGCCAAAAUGGCCAGCAAGGAUGGCAAGAAGGCUCGGAAGACCAUGUACACCAGGCCGCUGCUCAAGGAAGCUCUGCUGCGAUGGUUCCCCCAAAACGCCAGCGACUCUCUCUUCGCUUGCUACAUCAUCGUGCACAUCCUGCCUCGCUCCAUCAGUCCCAUCAUCUAUGGCGUGAGAGACAAAUAUUUCUGUAAAUACCUCAUGCGCUACGUGAGCUGCAGGAGCAUUCGGCACCCGGACCACUGA